GUACUUGUCCCUUAGUUGACUCAAGAACGGUGAAACCUUCAAAAGUGUAUUUCAAAAGUGAUUUUUACCAAGCGUAAAUAUGGAGCGUUGGCAUAAACGUGUUGCUGUAGUUACCGGUGCCAGUUCAGGUAUUGGCGCUGCCAUUGUACGACAUCUAGCCAGCAAAGGUAUGUUGGUGGUAGGACUCGCGCGACGCGUCGAACGUGUUGAGGCAUUACGCCAAGCAGUGCCCGCUGAGGCACGCAAUCGCAUAUACGCCAUUCGCUGUAAUAUAUGCAAUGAGAAGGAAGUGAUUGAUGCCUUUAAGCAAGUCGAAAGCAAAUAUGGCCCAGUGGCGGUGUUGGUAAAUAAUGCUGGCAUCGUACAUAAUAGUGGGCUCCUAGCUGAGGGCAGUUCCCAGGACGUACGUGAUAUAAUUGAAACGAAUAUAUUGGGUUUGGUAAAUGCAACACGCGAAGCGUUUCGCUCGAUGAAGGCUGCUGGUGGUGAAGGGCACGUAUUCCUUAUUAACAGUGUGGCAGGACAUCAAGUGCCAAAUGUACUGAAAGUUCCAAUGAGUAUUUAUUCCCCAUCUAAAUUUGCGGUAACAGCAUUGACAGAAGUGUUUCGACAAGAGUUCAACACUGAGCAGACGAAAGUAAAAGUGACGAGCAUUAGCCCUGGUUUUGUGGAGACCGAAAUCAUAAGCGAACAAAUGCGUGCUCAAUUGGGCCAUUUUCCGCGUUUAAAAGCCGACGAUAUUGCCGAUGCCUUAGUUUAUUGCCUGCAGACACCACCACAUGUGCAGAUUCAUGAAUUGACCAUAAAGCCUGUGGGUGAAGCAUUCUAGUGGGCAAAAAAUAUAUAUAUUUUUUUUCUAUAUGAGCUGACCUUAUAAUCAGCAUAAAUAUUUUAUUGUAAUUUUAUAUUGUAAACAUGUGUACAUAUAUA